CGCGCACAACGAAGAGGCUGAGCCAGGCAGAGAUCGAGCGCCCGCUAUAUCUGUUCGACCCGAGACACGCACCUUCUCCACACACCUUUUCCUCCAACCAUGAACAUCAUCAAGAUUCAGAGAAAGUAUCCGCAGUUCCAGCAGUCGGAGAUCUUUAGCCUGCAGGAUGCCUUCCGCAAGCUGGACGUCGACGACAAGGGCUACCUCGACGAGGCCACGGUCAUCAAGUCGACGCAGCAGACGGAGCACCAGCCGUACGACGUCGUACGCCAGGCCCUGAAGGAGGUCGAAUUGGACAGCUCGCGGCGCGUCGAGCUAGAAGACUAUGUUGAUCUCAUCUCCAAGCUCCGCGAGUCCUCGCCCGCCCAGCAGCGUAUGAACACGGGGCCGACUCGUCCGCGGGGCGGCACAGGCAGCGCGCCCUCCACCCCUGGCCACGCCCACAAGACCAGCCAUGGCGGCGGCAGGAUCCAGGUCCAGGGCUCCUCGGCCAACGUCACCCACACCAUCAACGAGGACGAGCGCACCGAGUUCACGCGCCACAUCAAUGCCGUGCUUGCCGGUGAUCCCGAUAUUGGCGACCGGCUGCCCUUCCCGACCGACACAUUCGAGAUGUUCGACGAGUGCAAGGACGGCCUGGUGCUCGCCAAGUUGAUCAACGACAGCGUCCCGGACACGAUUGAUGAGCGCGUGCUGAACAGGGUCGGCAGGAAGAUCAAGACGCUGAAUGCCUUCCACAUGACGGAGAACAACAACAUCGUCAUCGAGUCUGCAAAGGGUAUCGGAUGCUCCGUGGUGAACAUUGGCAGCGGAGAUAUCAUUGAAGUGCGCGAGCAUCUGAUUCUUGGUCUGAUUUGGCAGAUCAUCCGACGGGGUCUGCUGGGUAAGAUCGACAUUAAGCUUCAUCCCGAGUUGUAUCGGCUGUUGGAGGAGGAUGAGACUCUCGAACAGUUUUUGCGCCUUCCUCCCGAGCAGAUCUUGCUCAGGUGGUUCAACUACCAUUUAAAGAAUGCCAAGUGGCACAGGACCGUCACCAACUUCUCCACUGACGUCAAAGAUGGCGAGAACUACACUGUCCUCCUCAACCAGCUCGCCCCAGAUAUCUGCUCCCGUGCCCCUCUCCAAACCCGCGAUCUCCUCCAACGUGCGGAGCAAGUCCUCCAGAACGCCGACAGCCUGGAUUGCCGCAAGUUCUUGACUCCUACUUCCCUCGUAGCCGGAAACCCCAAGCUCAACCUCGCCUUCGUCGCCAAUCUCUUUAACACUCACCCCGGCCUUGAUCCCAUCACCGAGGAAGAGAAGGCCGACAUUGACGAUUUUGAUGCGGAGGGCGAACGCGAAGCCCGCGUCUUCACCCUAUGGCUCAACUCCUUAGAUGUCCAGCCCGUCGUGCAAUCCUUCUUCGAAGAUCUAAAGGACGGCACAGUCCUCCUACAAGCCUACGAUAAAGUCAUACCCGGCAGUGUCCAAUGGCGCCACGUCAAUAAACCUCGCCCAGGAGCCGAACUAAUGCGCUUCAAGGCCCUCGAAAACACGAACUACUGCGUCGAACUCGGAAAAGCGAACUCGUUUUCCCUACCCGGCAUGCAAGGCGCAGACAUUACCGAUGGUCAGCGAACUCUCACUCUCGGCCUCGUCUGGCAACUCAUGCGAAAAGACAUCGUAUCUACUUUGCGCGGCCUCGCACAACGCCUAGGCAAGCGCGAAAUCAACGACCAGGAUAUGAUCAAAUGGGCUAAUGAUAUGGCGCGUAAGGGCGGGAAAGGUUCGCAGAUCCGGUCCUUCAAGGACUCGAACCUCUCCUCGGCGGUGUUUUUAUUAGAUGUUCUGGCCGGCAUGAAGAGCAGCUAUGUGGAUUAUGAUCUUGUGGCGCAAGGCAGAAAUGAGGAAGAAUGCUAUUUGAAUGCGAAGUUGGCGAUUAGUAUUGCGAGAAAAAUGGGCGCGACGAUUUGGCUUGUGCCGGAGGAUAUUGUGGCGGUGCAGAGUAGGCUGAUAACGACGUUUAUUGGGAGCUUGAUGGCGACUUAUGAGAGGAUGGGCUAAGUAGGUGGGAUUUGAAGGGGCUGGCUGCAUGAGGUGAAUUUAGGUCCGAGGAUAGACAGUGGGUGAUCCAUGAGGAGGAGUAGAGUGCUGGUGUUCAUUCUAACUCUCCUGUGUGAUGUGCAGAAAUCGUAUGGAUACAAGGAUGGAAAAAAGACGGCGGCCCUUGGUGACGCUUUGGCUCGUUUUGAUAUUCUUUCUACUUAUAUUCUAGUCCUCAUUUUACCAGAUCAGGUCCAGAUUCAACCGAUUUUUCUUAUCG